AUGGCCACAAGUAGGAGACUAAUUAUUUUGAGCGUAUUGGUAUGCUUAUUGUUGGUUGAAGCAUCGGAGGGUUCUAAGGCUAGGCACUACAAAUGGGAUGUGGAGUACCUCUUCUGGUCCCCGGAUUGUGUCGAAAACGUCGUGAUGGGGAUCAACGGGCAGUUUCCGGGGCCAACCAUCCGAGCCAAGGCUGGAGAUAUGGUGGUUGUUGAGCUCACUAACAAGCUCCACACUGAGGGAGUUGUUAUUCACUGGCAUGGCAUCAGACAGUUUGGAACUCCUUGGGCGGAUGGAACUGCAUCCAUCUCACAAUGUGCCAUCAACCCUGGAGAGACCUUUAUUUACAGGUUCAAAGUUGACAAGGCGGGCACAUACUUUUACCAUGGGCACUUUGGAAUGCAAAGAUCAGCAGGAUUGUACGGAUCUCUGAUAGUGGACGUGGAAGAUGGGAAGAAAGAGCCAUUCCACUACGACGGUGAGUUCGACCUCUUGUUGAGCGACUGGUGGCACCAAAGUGUUCACCACCAAGAAGUUGGCCUCUCUUCCAAACCUUUUCGCUGGAUCGGUGAACCUCAGACACUGCUCAUCAACGGGAGGGGACAGUACAACUGCUCUCUGGCAGCGCACUAUAGCAAUUCCAGUUCAAGCCAGUGCAGGCUAAGAGGAAGCGAACAAUGCGCACCCCCUAUUCUCCAUGUGCUUCCAAACAAGAUCUAUCGGCUCAGAAUCGCCAGCACCACUGCCCUUGCUUCACUCAACUUGGCCAUUGGGAAUCACAAAAUGGUGGUGGUGGAAGCCGAUGGAAACUAUGUGCAGCCAUUUGCUGUGGAUGACUUGGACAUCUACUCAGGCGAGAGCUACUCAGUGCUCAUAACCACCAACCAAGACCCUUCCAACAACUACUGGCUCUCAGUUGGAGUGAGAGGAAGAGAACCCAAAACUCAACAAGGCCUCACAAUCCUAAACUACCACCCAAAUUCAGCAUCAAAGCUUCCAGCUUCUUCCCCUCCUGUCACUCCUCUGUGGAACGAUUACAACCACAGCAAGUCCUUCACCAACAAGAUCUUCGCCUCAAUGGGGUCCCCGAAGCCCCCGAGAAACUAUGACCGUCGGAUCACCCUCCUCAACACCCAGAACAAGCUCAACGGCUACACCAAGUGGGCUAUCAACAAUGUGUCCCUAACCCUACCACCCACCCCUUACUUGGGGUCCAUUAAGAAUGGGUUGAGAAAUGCAUUUAACCAGGAAAACCCACCAGAGAGCUUCUCUAAUGAUUAUGAUGUGAUGAAGCCGCCUGUAAACCCUAACACAACAACUGGAAAUGGGGUUUACAUGCUUGGCAUGAACACAACGGUCGAUGUCAUACUUCAAAAUGCCAAUGCCCUAAGCGCCAAUGUGAGUGAAAUUCACCCAUGGCACUUGCAUGGGCAUGACUUUUGGGUUUUAGGGUAUGGAGAAGGCAAGUUUUCGACGGAAGACGAGAAGAAACUCAACCUGAAAAACCCACCAUUGAGGAACACAGCAGUGAUCUUUCCUUACGGGUGGACGGCUCUUAGGUUUGUGGCUGAUAAUCCAGGAGCAUGGGCCUUCCAUUGUCACAUUGAGCCUCAUUUGCAUAUGGGCAUGGGAGUGGUCUUUGCCGAAGGCAUCCAGCAUCUCAACAGAAUACCUCUUGAGGCUCUGGCUUGUGGUUUGACUGGGAAAAUGCUCAUGACGACAAACAACCACAAUUGA